GUUUAUAUGUAUCACAGGUGUGUAGUAGCAAAAGUGUAAUAACAAAAGUAGUACGAUAUAUGUAUUGCAAUCGAAGAAAUCCCGAUUUAGCUUAUCUUCACAUUAAGCCACGAACUUCGACCCCAGGGCCAUUCAUGCAGAAACGUAACUGCAAAUCGAGUUCGCAAAUAUCAAUACGUGUCAUUUUGGAAUAUACUCUCAUGUUUUUGAAAAGUGUGUUUUCAUUCGUCUGUCGAAUAUGGAAUCUUAUCCUGGUUCUAGCAAAGAAAAAUGUUCGAAAAGUGAUUGCACACCAGACAAUAAAAUACAAAAUGAUUCCACUGUCACCUUUAACAAGGCAAAGAUUAAAUCAAGUGAAGAAAAAAGUUCUCGUUCUUGAUCUGGAUGAAACGUUGAUACAUUCUCGCCAUGAUGGAGUGAUUAAUAGAAUGGCAAAACCUAACACAACACCUGACUUUGUUUUAAAAGUUGUAAUAGACAAACAUCCUGUAAGAUUUUUUGUUCACAAGAGACCUCACGUUGAUUACUUUUUAGAAGUUGUAAGUCAAUGGUACGAGUUAGUAAUCUAUACUGCGUCAAUGGAAAUAUAUGGUUCUGCGGUUUGUGAUAAACUUGACAAAAAUAAGGGUAUUUUGAAAAGGAGAUAUUAUAGACAGCAUUGUAAAGUGGAAAUGGGGAGUUUUACGAAAGACUUAUCUACUGUUCACACUGAUCUUUCCAGUAUUCUUAUUAUUGAUAAUUCACCAGGUGCUUACAAAUGCUUCCCAGAAAAUGCAAUUCCAAUAAAGUCAUGGUUUGCAAAUCCUUUUGAUACUGCGUUGCUCAAUUUAUUACCGAUGUUAGACUCAUUAAGGUUUUGCAAUGAUGUUCGAAGUAUUUUACAUCGAAAUAAAGUUCAGCAUAUGACAUUCCAAUGAACAAUCAAGCAUUAUGUAGUCACAAUUGGAUGUUCUGCUUCGAUUCCUUACAACGGAAUAAAUCUGGGCCCCUUUUUUAUAUUUUGGAAAAGAACUGAAGCGUGAGAUAAUUCCGUAAUGGUCAUGCAACAGUGCUAAAAGAUUGAAAUCGCAAGUUCCUCAGCCCUUGUUCCAAUUUCGUUUUUAUUUCUUCAAAUAUAUAUUGAAUCAGGUUUGCUGCCAUCUAGAGGAUGUUCAGGGAACUAUUUUAAAUAAAAUUGCGAAUUAUUUUUUCGAAAAGGUGUUUUUCAGGUCCAGACAAUUUAACUGAAUUGAUAUCGUCGAAAAAUAGCAAUAAAAAGAAACAUGAUCUAGGCAUGGAGGGAGGGGGAUUUCCACAUGGCAUCCAUGGGGGUAAUUUCACUAAGGGGGUCAAAAUUAACAUUGGUGCAUACUCAAACAGUCAAUUUCUGUCUUCCGCAUCCACAAAUCAUAUUUAAAAUCUCUUCUUUAAAAGUCCUAUCUGCUCUGAUCUAUGAUAUAUUUUUGUAGGAAUGAAAAUAGAUAAAAAAAAAUCUGGGAUAAAUUUUACUUAUAAAAUUUGCAAAAGGGGUAAACGAGAAUAAAAAAUUUGUAUUUUAUUUUUUUAAUCUGGAAAAUUUGUUUAUUCGCAACUACUCGUAUAUCCAUGAUUUACGUCGAAAAUUUGCUGUGACGGAUUUCAAAAAUUCUGAUAAAAUAUAGAUACUCAUAAAGAGCCCUGACUGAAGCCAGUAGGAUCCUUUCUGUUUCGAAUUCAACAGUCUCAAAAACUUUCCUUUUAUGCUGUAAUUUUUGGCAUGUCAUUUUUAAUUCAACCGGUCAAGUUGAGAGUAAGAAAAAUGUAAUAUUCGUCAUUUCGUAACGUUUUGGGCAUAUUGUGGUAUUUGCUUCAGCAUUUAAUUUCGUAUGAAAUUUUCUUUUGGAUAAUUGAUAAUUUGGGUGUUUGCCAUUCUCUUCCUAGUUUAUAUUAAAGUAGGUCUACCUUCAAUAAUAUAUAUUUUUUACUGGUGGGGUAUGUGAACCACAUGUCAUUGCCAAAUAUAGAAACUUACAUUUAGUCCAGGGUUAGUAUAAAUUUCCUUCCUAUAGCUAUAAAUUUCAUUUAGUUUAUACACUAAACUGACCAAAAAAAAAUCUUGGUACCAAGAUCACGGGAAGAGACAAUUUAUAUACACAGUUGUGGGGUAAAUUUAACUUUUUGAAAAUUUUCAAGGGAUGAACAAUAAAAGUUGUGAACCUGUGUUUAAAA